AUGUCCACGCCACAACUUCCGCAGCUAGGGCCUGGUGAGGAUGGGCAUAUCGGAGGUGAGGGUAGUGGUGGUGAUGGAGGUAGGGGAGAGGGAGAGGGAGAGGGUGGAGGUGGGGGAGAGGAAAAGGGUGGAGGUGAAGGUGGGAGUGGAGGAUUUGGUUUACAAGAACAAGGGCAGUUUAAGAGAUCCGUCACAAGCAGGGGCGGAGGCACAUGGAAGGGUAUGGAUAAGUUUGUGACCAAAACUAAGAGACAGAGAACAACAGAUGUUACAGAAUUGCUUUCAGUUUUAAGUAUGCCAAGUUCACAAGUACCUCCCCAAUCUUCUAAUACUGAUGGUUCACAAGUAGUACCUUCCAUCCCUGCUCCUACUCAGCAACAACAAGCAACUUCUAGUACUGUCCAUGAUGAGUUCUCGAUAUGGGAUCUUCAAACAGACCCUGCAAUGAAAAAGCCAAUAUCAAGUUAUCAUCCUAACUAA